AAAAAUUUAAUUCUAGAAUAAAAAAUAGCAUACCACCAAAUUCUACUUUAUUCAUUAACAGAUCCAUUUUUAAGAUAAUUUUUAAUUUUCAAGCUCGAAAAAUAACAAGUUCAAAUUGAAACAAAACAAAUAGAAUUUUAUACAUAUAAAGAAUUUGUUCCACAACUAUAAAGUUAAAAAAAAUAAUAAAUAAAAAUUAGAUAUUUAGAAUCUUGUCCGAUAAAAAUAUAAAGAGAAUUAAAAAAUAUUGAAGAUUUUUUAGCAGACCCGAAAAAUGAAAAAGAAUAAGAAACAUUCAACUAUGUAGGAAUGGAUGGUCAACUAUAAUAAAAAGGAAAAGUAGAAAUAAAAACUGGAAUGACACAUAAAUAAAUCUGGGAUAAAGAUAUUUUCUUUUUUUUAGAUAAAAUUAGUAAAUUAUUAUGUACUUAUGCUUAAAGUUCAGGUUAAAUUUAUCUUCUCAAAGAAUUAUUAGAAUUAUCACAUGCAAUGGUAUAUGCUGAUUAUGCUUUGAUUGAUAUUUAAUUAGAUUAUGAAUUUACUGAUAAAACUAAUGAGAAAAAAUUUAAACAGAGUAUAGAAAAUUCAAAAAAGAUUGUAAACAAAGGUUAAGUUUCCGAUUCUGAUAAAAAAAACUCAUUUUAAUGGUUUUAAACAAAAGAUUAAAUUGAAAUAAUUGAAUGUGAACUUAAUUCUUUUUUUGUUUCAGUAUAUGGUUUAAUGUUUCCUGUUAAAAUAUCGAGAUUAUAACAAUUAAAAAAUGAUAUAAAGGAUUAUUUGUAAUAUCUUUGUUAUAUUGGAGAGGUUGUAAAAUAAGCAGGAAAAAUAGAUGAUUAUCAUAAUUUAAUGAGAAGUUUCUUUUUGAAUUAUUUUAAUGAUAAUGAAACAUUUCUUUGGUUUGAAUAGUUAGUUAUUUAAUUUGCCACAGGAGGUGAUACUAGUAGUAAUUCUAAUGGCGCUGCUGCUACUGGCGCUGCUACUACUGGCGCUGCUACUACUAGCGCUGCUGCUACUGGCGCUGCCACUACAACUAACGCUACUGAUACUGGGGCUGCACCAAGUGCCACAACAAAUACAGUUUCAGGAGGAGCACAAAAAAAAUUAGGUUUUAUUGAAUCAUUUUUAUAAUAAUAAUUAAAAACAACAAAUAACAAAAAAUACGGUGGAUAAAAUUAAACACAACCAUAAACACAACCAUAAACAUAGACAUAAACAUAGACAUAAGCAAAAGAUAUUUUGGAAGUUCUCAUUUCAUAUCUAAAGAUACUACAAGUGAAUCGGAAUAACUAAUGA